CAUGCAAUUGUCAGUUGUAAAAUGUCAUUAACACGGGUUGUGAUCAGUUCGUGUGUGUCGGCGGCAAGGCUGGGUUUCACUGCUAGUGGUUAUUGCAGUCGGAGGUUAACCAGUACUUCUGUUGUUUUUAAUCAAAAACUCCGUAACGAGAUGUUUAUCGCCGAAGAAAGAGGAUCACCUUACGCACCCGACUAUAGGGUUUUUUUUAGGGAUGAGAGCGGGCCCGUGUCGCCGCUGCACGACAUCCCGCUGUGGGCGGACCGCGCGCGCCGCCUGGCACACAUGGUGGUCGAGGUGCCGCGCUGGACCAACGCCAAGAUGGAGAUCAGCCUCGGCGAGACUCUCAAUCCCAUCAAGCAGGACGUAAAGAAAGGCGCGCUGCGCUACGUCAGCAACGUGUUCCCUCACCACGGCUACAUCUGGAACUACGGCGCGCUGCCUCAGACGUGGGAGGACCCGCGCCACGUGGACCCCGGCACUGGAGCGCGCGGCGACAACGACCCCAUCGACGUGAUCGAGAUAGGGUCCCGCGUGGCGCAGCGCGGCGACGUGCUCACCGUCAAGAUACUGGGCGCGCUGGCGCUCAUCGACGAAGGCGAGACCGAUUGGAAACUGAUCGCGAUAGACUCGCGCGACCCCGACGCCGAGCGACUGAGCGACGUCGCCGACCUAGAGAAGGUGCGGCCCGGUCUGCUGCGCGCCACUCUCGAGUGGUUCCGCCUCUACAAGGUGCCCGACGGCAAGCCGGUCAACGUGUUCGCUUUCGACGGCGAGGCAAAGGACGCCGCCUUCGCGCACCGCGUCAUCGACGAGGUGCACGAGUUCUGGCGCGCACUGGUCAGCGGCGAGGCGGAGGCCGGCGACAUUUGCAAGAGCAACGUGAGCGUGGCGGGCAGCGCGCACCGCGUGACGCGCGACCAGGCCGCCGCCGCGCUUGCUGCCGCGCCGCCGCCCGCGCAGCCGCAGGCCUUGCCCGACACCGUGGACAAGUGGCACUACAUAUCCAAUCUGUGAGUACCGCAGCGACUGCGCCGCGACUGCGCCGCGACUACGCCGCGACUACGCCGCGACUACGCCGCGUGGUAGCCGCAACUGCGACAUGACAUUCUUCUUAUCCCAAUUUAUUUAUCUAAUGCGCUUUAAUAGAUAAAAGUUAUCAUUUAUUAUAUCAGUAAUAAUGAUAUAUAAAAGGUAUUUUGGUAGGUUUCAAGAUAAAAGGUACAAAAAGUGAUUCGCGAAAAAAAAUCAUCAACAGCGCUGUGGGUUUAUUGUAAUAAUAUAUA